AGAGAAGCUUAAAAUAACCAUCUGACUUUCCAAUCCUUUGAAGGACAACAGGCAGACAGACAGGAAGCAGAAAGAAGAGAGCAGGCACUGGGCUGGAGAGAUAGCAGCAGCAAAUGGUGGUGAAGCAAGAGCAGAGCAGUUGGCCUCAGGGCAAGAGUGUUAUUGUUGGGAGUAUUAGGUUCAGCCAGGUCUUAGAGCUGGGUCGUUGUGGGAUGGGGAAGGGAGAAACAGUACAGAGCAGAGCAGGACGAUGGGUUGGGCAGUGUCUCUAGGAGCAGAGCAGCAGAAUCAUUAUAACUCUAGAACGAGGUGCUGAGGCUGUGGACGUUCUUCUCGAUGUUUCCUCUCGAGGUGAUCUUCUUCUGCUUCUGUUUAUUGUCGUUUCUUGGUGUCUUUCCCUGCUUCGUCUUCUCGUCCGUCGUCUGCGUCUCGCCCGCGCGUUUCGCUCUGUUUUCUCCUCGCUCGUGUGCACGAAAAAAAAAACACCCGCGGAGGAAUCUCUUCUGCGUUGCGAGCCCCGCGCCCCGUCCCUCCGCCGUCCUUCCAUUGCUCGGUGCGCGGUCACGCCACUGAUUCCGUCCCAACUCGGCCCGCUUCUCACCUUGCACCAAUCACAGUACGAGCAAUCCUGCUUGUCAGCAUUCACACUCCGACAGAAAAUAUCGCAAAUGUGUCUGAGAUUAUCGUCAUUCCCGUGCCCACUUCCUCUUCGGACGGCCCUGCAGAGAAGCAAAAGCGCACGUGCUCGCUAGUGGCGGCUUAUAUAAGCGGAAACCGGAC